GGCUAUGACGGACUGCAGGAGGGAGUCCUCGGAGACCCUGAGGAACAAAUGCGCGGCGUGCUUCAGGCAGUACAACCGGAUGGAGCACCUGGUGGAGCACAUGAAGGUGUCGUACCACUCCGCCCACGAGCCCCGCUGCGGCGUCUGCGCCAAGCACUGCCGCUCCCUCGAGUCGCUCCGCGAGCACCUCAUCGGGCCGCUGCCCAAGGUGGAGUGCGCGCGCGUGUUCGCCGCCCGCGGCUGCAGCAUCUGCCUCGCCCUCUUCGACAGCGCCAACGCCGUCAGAUGCCACCGCGCCUCCUGCCAGUUCACCCGCGCCGCCCCGAUGCCCAGGGGUAACUACGGGGGCCGUGCGGUGGCCAUGGCGUGCAAGAUGGUCGGAGGAGGAAGCGACGGGGCACUCGACAUCUGCGCGAGGGUGUGCCUGAUCGGAGAGAACGAGACCGUCAUCUUCCAGACCUACGUGAAACCCACCACGGCCGUCACAAACUACAGGUAUGAAGUGACUGGGAUAAGGCCCGAGUACUUGAGGGAUGCAAUGCCACUGAAGCUCGUGCAGAGGAGGAUCCAGGACAUCCUGUGCAACGGGGAGCCACUUUGGAAGAUACGGCCAAGGAGUUCUGGGAGAGCAAAAAUCCUUGUUGGCCAUGGCCUGGACCAUGAGCUUGAGUGCCUAGGGCUGGAGUACCCGGCAUUCAUGAUCAGGGAUACUGCAAAGUACCCACCACUGAUGAAAACAAGCAAGCUGAGCAACUCCCUAAAGUACCUUACACAAGCGUAUCUUGGGUACGAUAUCCACACUGGCAUUCAGGACCCCUACGACGACUGUGUGGCAGCAAUGAGGCUGUACAUUAGGAUGAAAUCACAAGCCCACCCGAGAGAUUAUGCCUCCGGUUCAGGUGAGACGCAGAACAACUACCCUGCUUGGAGGCAGAGGGAGCUAGAGAGGAUGAGCCCAGAAGAACUCCUGGCACUUUCAGGUUCAGAUUACUACUGUUGGUGCUUGGAUUUCUGAACUCUGAACUGAUAACCUGGUCAGUUGAAAAGAAUAAGGCAGAGCCAACAUUGACGGUUUAUUCAUGUUUCAUCCAUAUCUCUACAUAUUAAUAAGUAUCUUGGGACUUGGAAUGUAGUGAAAUUGACUAUAAUGUAUAAAGUUGUCGUAUGCAAUGCUAUCAUACAAUAUGGGUGAGUUAGAGCUGUAUGGAGUGAUGAUUAACAGCGAUGAUAUAUAGCAAGAGGCUUUCCACUUGGCCUUUUUUUUAGCACUAUGUUUGAAUGUUUGAUUAUGUAUCUAGAUGAUAGCAAGAUCAAUAAAUCAUUUAUAUGCUACACAGCCAAAUAGAGAGGCCUAUAUAACUUCAUACAUAAUGAAUGAAUG